CCAUUACUUUCUCCCAGCAAAAUAAAAAGCAAAGCAUCUCAGCUGAUGGUAUUAUGAUCCGAUAACAAGAUGAUGGCUUCAUAUCCAAGGAAUCGCUCAGUGUUAAUCCCCCAUCUGGAGCUGCUCGGAUCUUCUGAGUCUACUUCAUUUCAUCUGUUAUAACUUAUCGAGUGUCUAUGGCUACUCUCGACGAUACAGGCUAUGGGCGAGAUAUUUCAGGAAGCUGAUUCUGAAAAAGGUGAAGUGAUACGAAAGGGAAAAGAAAUCCUAUUCCAGGGUUUCAAUUGGGAAUCUCAUAAAAAUGUCUGGUGGAAGAAUUUAGAGAAGAAGAUGACAGAUCUUGCUGAGUCUGGAUUUACAUCAGUUUGGUUACCUCCGGCAACUCAAUCUUUCUCUUCAGAAGGUUAUCUACCUCAAAAUCUCUAUUCUCUCGAUUCUUCUUAUGGCUCCCAGCACCUCUUAGAAGUUUUACUUCAGAAAAUGAGUCAAUACAAAAUAAGAGCAAUUGCAGACAUAGUUAUUAACCACCGAGUUGGAACUACAAAAGGGCAUGGAGGAGUAUACAAUCGGUACGAUGGAAUCCCAUUGUCAUGGGAUGAACAUGCCGUCACAUCUUGUUCUGGUGGACUGGGAAAUAAUAGCACUGGUGCUGUCUUUAAUGGAGUUCCUAACAUAGAUCAUACUCAACCAUUUGUACGGGAAGACAUAAUCAAGUGGUUAAGAUGGCUUCGGGGAAGUAUUGGGUUCCAAGACUUCCGCUUUGACUUUGCAAAAGGCUAUGCGGCCAAGUUUGUAAAAGAAUACGUUGAGGAGUCAAAGCCAGUAUUCUCUGUGGGGGAAUAUUGGGAUGACUGUGCGUAUAGCCCUUCUGAUUCUCGCUUGGAGUAUGAUCAAGAUAGUCAUAGACAAAGGAUUAUAAAUUGGAUAGACAACACAGGAGGUCUUUGUACUGCAUUUGAUUUCACUACAAAGGGUAUUCUUCAGGAAGCAGUAAAAGGAGAGCUAUGGCGCUUGCGUGAUUCUGAGAACAAGCCACCUGGUGUAAUGGGAUGGUGGCCUUCAAGAGCCGUAACAUUUAUUGAGAACCAUGAUACAGGGUCUACGCAGGCUCAUUGGCCUUUCCCAUCCGGUCACCUUAUGGAGGGAUAUGCCUAUAUACUCACCCAUCCUGGAAUACCCACAAUAUUCUAUGACCAUUUCUAUGAUUGCGGGGAUUCUAUGCAUGACCAAAUUGUGAAACUGAUUAAAAUACGGAAAAGUCAAGAUAUCCACAGUCGCUCAAACGUGAGAAUUUUGGAGGCUCAACCGAAUCUAUAUGCUGCCAUCAUUGAGGAGAAACUAUGCAUGAAGAUUGGCGAAGGGUCGUGGUGCCCUGAUGGUGGUGAGUGGAAACUGGCGACUAGUGGCCAUAACUAUGCUGUCUGGCACAAGUAGGGCUCAUGCAUUUUAAAAUUAGCAUCAGAUUAAUCAGUACUUGUUUGAAAGAAAACGGAAAGGGGGAGAGAAAUUAAAUUUUAGAUGUCUUGGUGUAAAUGCGCGCAUGCGGGUUGUAGAGUGAGGAAAUGAUGUACGAUCAAGUAUUUAGUAGUUAUGAUAAACAUGCAUGUAAUUUGUUCCAUGAUGCACAUCGUAAUGAUGAUUAAUCCUUUCCCUAUAUUACAUAAUGAGAGACUAUCCAUAUGAUCA